AUGGAUGACAGACCAAUCAUUAUGUCGCCUAUGCAAGAUCAAGACUCUGUCAGACCAAACGGAAAGAGUCGCCUCUGCCCAAGCUCAGAUAUCUUGAGAGUCGCCGAUAGUGUGUCCCCAGAGGAGCAAGACUGGCUAAAGGGAAGGGAUGAAGUAACCAACAAGAAGCUUGUCGAAUUUCUCAAGUAUGCCAAUAUGACGGAUAUUGAUCCCGAGGAUUAUGGAAACUUGAACAAAAGUAUUCACAUUGGAUUGGCAUUUUCUGGUGGUGGAUACCGUGCCAUGUUGAAUGGAGCGGGCCAAUUGAGUGCAUUAGAUGAAAGAACAAAGGGUCCAAAUGGAGAAAAAGCUAAAGGUUUGAACGGUUUGCUUCAAGCCAGUACUUAUAUUGCCGGAUUAUCCGGUGGCAGUUGGAUGGUUGGCUCUAUUGCGUUCAACAACUUCACAUCUGUCCAAGACAUUGUUGACCACAAGACUGACAUUUGGGACUUGAAGCAUUCAAUCGUCAACUAUGGUGGGUUGAAUGUGGUGAAAACUUACAAGUACUACAAAAGUAUCUCAGAUGAUCAAGAUGCCAAAGAAAAAGCCGGGUUUGAAUUAUCAUUGACGGAUACUUGGGGAAGAGCAUUAUCGCAUCAAUUUUUAAGUACACUAGAUGAUGCAGGCGCAGGAUUAACAUUUAGCUCUAUUCCAGAUUGGGACGUAUUCAAGAACCAUGAAAUGCCUUUCCCAAUUUUUGUUAGUGAUGCUAGAGCUCCUCACACCAAGAUUAUUAGCAUCAACUCAACAUUGAUAGAGUUCAAUCCAUUUGAAAUGGGAAGCUUCGAUGCCAGCUUGUUUCAGUUCUCCAAAAUGAAGUACUUGGGAACUCCAUUGAGGAACGGAAAAGUCAAUGAUUCGUGCUAUUCAGGUCUUGACAAUGCUGGUUUUGUCAUGGGAUCCUCGUCAAGUUUGUUUAACCAGUUCGUUUUGCAAAUCAACACAACAUCAUUGUCUUCUACAAUCAAAUCUAUCAUUACAUCAUUUUUAAAAGAAGUUGACAAAGACGAAGAUGACGUGGCUAUAUACCAACCAAACCCAUUUUUCCAAACUAAUGUUGGUAAAUCAGAUCAUCUUGCUCAAAAUGAGACUCUCACUAUCGUUGAUGGAGGAGAAGAUGGCCAAAACAUUCCAUUAAAUCCCUUGAUUCAACCAGUCAGGGAUGUUGAUGUUAUUUUUGCAUUUGACAACUCAGCAGAUCACAAUAAUUGGCCAAAUGGAAAUUCCUUGACCAAAACUUAUGCUAGGCAAUUCACUCCUACCGGAAACGGUACCAUUUUCCCCCAUGUUCCAGACACCGAUACAUUCAUUAACUUGAACCUCACAGCUAAACCAACAUUCUUUGGGUGCGAUGCCAGAAAUUUGUCUUCGUUGUUUCAACAAAGAAACAUUUCCUUCACCAAUGAUUCUGAUCCAUACACCGUCUACGACUCUCCAUUGGUAGUCUACACAGCCAACCGACCAUUUUCGUAUUGGACCAACACAUCCACUUUUAAAUUGCUGUACAAGGAUAGCGAGAGAAACUCCAUCAUCAGAAAUGGAUUCGAAGUUGCAUCAAGAAAGAACUUGACCUUGGACCCCGAAUGGCCUGCGUGUGUUGGAUGUGCAAUCAUCAGAAGACACCAGGAGAGAAACGGAGAAGAACAAACUGAGCAAUGUAAAAGAUGCUUUGAAAGAUAUUGUUGGGACGGAAGUUUGGAUAAUUCAAAUGCCAGUGCAAAAUUCAACUUCACAGACCAAGGUUCUACCAGUGCCAACGAGGGAACGAAAGUAAGCGGAGCAAACCUGAUGUCGUUCAGUUGGACUUUAUGCAUAUCAGAAAACGAAAAAUCAUGGCUCAGCGGAAGGGAUAAAGUAACAAACGAAAAGAUUGUCGAGUUUCUCAAGUAUGCUAAUAUGACUGAUAUUGAUCCCGAGGAUUAUGGAAACUUGAACAAAAGUAUUCACAUUGGAUUGGCAUUUUCUGGUGGUGGAUACCGUGCCAUGUUGAAUGGAGCGGGCCAGAUGAGUGCAUUAGAUGAGAGGACUAAUGGACCAAACGGGGGCAACGCAAGUGGAUUGAAUGGAUUAUUACAAGCCAGUACUUAUAUUGCCGGGUUAUCCGGUGGCAGUUGGUUAGUCGGAUCAAUUGUCUUCAACAAUUUCACAUCUGUCCAAGACAUUGUGAACCAAAACACUGAUAUUUGGGACUUGAAGCAUUCCAUUGUCGAUUAUGGUGGGUUGAAUGUGGUGAAAACUUACAAGUACUACAAAGGAAUCUCGGAUGAUAUUGAUGACAAGGAAAAUGCUGGGUUCAAUACUUCGUUUACAGAUAUCUGGGGAAGAGCAUUGGCUCACCAGUUUCUCACCACUCUCAAUGACACAGGAGCAUCGUUGACGUUUAGUUCUGUUCAAGAUUGGGACGUAUUCAAGAACCAUGAAAUGCCGUUUCCAAUAUUUGUCAGCGAUACCCGAGCAGAGGGAACCAAAAUCAUCAAUUUGAAUUCGAGUUUGACUGAAUUCAAUCCAUUCGAGGUGGGAAGUUUUGACAAGAGUAUAUAUCAGUUUGCAAACAUCAAGUAUUUGGGCACAGAGUUGAAAGAUGGAGAUACAAAUGGAACUUGUAUCGGUGGAUAUGAUAAUGGAGGCUACAUUAUGGGAACUUCGUCGACCUUGUUCAACCAAUUCUUGUUGCAAAUAAACACCACUAGCUUACCGUCGGUCGUGGUCGAUGUUGUGACAUCACUAUUAAAUCGUGUAAGUGAUCACGAAGACGAUGUUGCAGUUUAUGAUCCCAACCCGUUUUACGAUACAACUGUUGGCGCUUCAAGUAAUUUGGCAGGUAACGAAACCUUGACGUUAGUUGAUGGUGGUGAGGAUGGCCAAAAUGUGCCACUCUGGCCCCUUAUACAACCAGUUCGUGAUGUUGAUGUUGUUUUCGCAUUCGACAAUUCUGCUGAUACCGAGGGUAGCUGGCCCAAUGGUACAUCGCUUAUAAAAACUUAUGAAAGGCAGUUUGUCAACGCAGGUAAUGGUACUAUUUUCCCCUAUGUGCCAGAUGCAAAUUCAUUCAUCAAUUUGAAUUUGACGGCCAAGCCAACAUUCUUUGGCUGCGACGCUAAAAACUUGACAACUUUGCUUCACAACAACAACACCAACAGUAACCUGUCAAAUUCGUAUACUGUUUAUGACUCACCAUUGGUUGUAUACAUUGCCAACCGUCCCUUUUCAUACUGGACCAACACAUCAACUUUCAAGUUGCUGUAUGAUGACGAUGAACGGAACUCAAUCAUCCAGAACGGGUUCGAAGUGGCAUCAAGAAACAACUUGACGUUGGAUUCGGAAUGGCCUGCGUGUGUUGGAUGUGCAAUCAUCAGAAGACUGCAGGAAAGGAAUGGCGAAGAGCAAUCUGAGCAAUGCAAACAAUGCUUUCAAAGAUAUUGUUGGGACGGCAGCUUAGAUUCAACAGGAACCAAGUACAACUUUACUGAAACUGGUACUACCAAUGGAGAGGAGAGCAGUUUGGAGAGUGUUUCCAGUUCCUCAAGCACAUCCAGCUCGAGCAGCUCCUCACACAGUGGAAAAAAGAAUGAUGCUAGUGCUUCUGCAUUGAACUGGAGCUCAUUGCUUGGAUUGGCUGCCCUAGUCGGGUUGACUGUUCUUGAUGAAUUUUAA